GUCCUGUGUCCUGCUCACCGCCCUGGUGGCGCUGGUUGCUUAUUACAUCUACAUCCCCCUGCCCAGCGCCGUGUCGGAUCCCUGGAAGCUGAUGCUGCUGGACGCGACUUUCCGGAGCGCACAGCAAGUGUUUUCAGGUCACCAAAGGAGUCUUCCCCAUCAUGUGUAAUUUGGGAAAAGUCAGGUUCAGAGAAAAGCCGUUCUUCCCCAACUAUAGGCUGUCAACCCAACAAAGGCAAGACCUUUGGACCCAAUGAUCCUCUGUAUAAAAUGUGCCCUCAGCUGGCGUUUGGGACUGAUACUGUGUGUAAAGCCAAGUCAGAGAGAUAAAUAAGAGCAACCUGAUACACUCCCUGGGCCUGAGCCAUCACCUGCUUGCACUGAAUUUUAUCAUCAUUUCUUUUGGCAAGAAAAGCGCGUGGUCAUCGGCUCAGGUGAAGGUGACCGACACUGACUUUGACGGGGUGGAAGUCAGAGUGUUUGAGGGCUCCCCGAAGCCAGAAGAGCCUUUGAAACGCAGCAUUAUCUACAUCCAUGGAGGAGGCUGGGCUUUGGCCAGUGCAAAAAUCCGGUAUUAUGAUGAGCUCUGUACAGCAAUGGCUGAAGAAUUGAAUGCUGUCAUUGUCUCCAUUGAAUACAGACUAGUUCCAAAGGUUUAUUUUCCUGCACAGAUUCAUGAUGUUGUGCAUGCCACGAAGUAUUUCCUGCAGCCGGAAGUCUUACACAAGUAUUCGGUUGACCCAGACAGAAUUGGCAUCUCUGGUGACAGUGCUGGUGGGAAUUUGGCCGCUGCUGUGGGCCAACAGUUUUCUCAAGAUGCCAACCUCAAAGACAAGUUCAAGGUGCAAGCUUUAAUUUACCCAGUCCUACAAGCUUUAGAUUUCAACACACCCUCUUACCAGCAAAAUGUGAACACACCGAUCCUACCCCGUUACGUCAUGGUGAAGUACUGGGUAGACUACUUCCAAGGCAACCAUGACUUUGUCCAGGCAAUGAUAGUCAACAACCACACUUCUCUUGACGUGGAAGAAGCUGUUGCCCUCAGGGCCCGUCUAAACUGGACGUCCCUCUUGCCGGCCUCCAUCACAAAGGGCUACAGGCCCGUCAUGCAGACCACUGGCAACGCCAGGAUUGUGCGGGAGAUCCCUCAGCUGCUGGAUGCCCGGGCAGCCCCUCUCAUCGCUGAUCAGGAAGUCCUGCGGCACCUCCCAAAGACCUAUAUUCUGACGUGUGAGUACGACGUCCUAAGAGACGAUGGGAUCAUGUACGCCAAGCGUCUGGAGAGCGCAGGUGUGGAGGUGACCCUUGAUCACUAUGAGGAUGGUUUCCACGGCUGCAUGAUUUUCACCAGCUGGCCCACCAACUUCUCAGUGGGAAUCCGGACUAGGAAUAGUUACAUCAAGUGGCUGGAUCAAAACCUGUGAACGAGUCACAUUUCUAGAAUGUGUGAGCCCCUCUUGACCUCCUGCACCUGCUUCGGAAAUUGAUGCACUUUUUAGUUGACUGAUUUCCCCCGGUGACUUGUGAGUGACGUAAUCUCUAUUCCUUGCCUACCCUGUGUGAAUUUAAUUUCUGGAAAUGUGCUUAACUAACGUACGUACAAAAUGUCUGAGGCUGGUUCUCAAAGCGGGCCAGUCUCUCUGUUCUUGUUGUUUUAGCCAAACUACUACCAAUACUCACGACUGCAGAGAACAGGACAAGGAGCUGAAAUAGCUUUAGGUUCUGUCUUCCUCAAGAAAAUCUUUCUAGAAGAAAUUCUUCCAGCUGUGGAUGACAUAGUGACCUUUAAUGAGGAAAGAAAAUGUGGGCUCUUCAACUUGCGAGGGUCUACUUUAAAUUCAGAGCAGUGUUACCUGUGUGCACGUAAAGGUCAGUUCUGGGUACCAAGUGCCCUCUGUUCUUUACAGAUAGAUGGUUUUGUUUCCUAUGGGAAUUUCGGCCAAGGUGUUCUAGCAAGGACAAGUUUCUCAAAUGCCUUUCUUCCUUUAGAGCGUUGAUGUUAUGGGAUAGCUAUCUCUAAGUCCAGUCAGAUUAGAACAAUACUUGAAAGUUACUUUCUACCACUAUUAUUAGAAAAUAUAGUCGCAUGGGCUGGAAAUCUUGUACAUUGCUACAUUUUUUGGGUAUGCUCUCUCCAUUGGGGAGAACUUCUGGGAGCAAAUUCAUUUAGAUUUAGGAUAAAUCUUCUAGUACAGAACAAGUAAAAACAGACAAACGAACAGACUUAUUUAUUUUCAUAAGUAAUACUUCUGACGUAAAUUACCAAAAGAAGUGUGUAAUAUAUUUGGCAUAGUCAGGAAAGAAGAUACAUUUAAUAUUGAAAUUAUGAAAAAUAUCUUCAGAGGGUCUAGUUUAUUCUUGAAAACUCAAUUUUUUCACUUACAUGGCUUUAAAAUGGGGCUAUUUUGGUAUAUAUGAUGUAUUGUUUAUUUUUUUAAGUUAUUUAAUGUUAAUAUAUACAGCUAGACUUAAGAUUUUUCAAAAUAAUGUCUAUAAUGAAUAUUAAAAAUAAUGAUAUUUUUUAAAAAAAGAAACUACCUUAGAAUUAUAUCCACAUGUAAUUUUACGGAAAGACGUAAAGUAGCUACUAAUACUACUACACAUUAGGCUUAAAUAUUUUGAUGCUUAUAUGCAAUCACAAAUUAAAAUAAUUAGAAACUGUGACUACACCCGGUAAAGUCGGCUAAGUUUAUAGCUCAGUAACUUCAGUAAGACACACACUGCUCGUUUCUGCCCUCCUCUGUGGUCAGAAGAACACUAGCUCAUAUUCUGCUGGGUGACGCGUCCAUUGGCACCUGGUACCUUCACCUCUUCUUAUCUCCUUCCAGCCUGGUCUCGAAGUUACGAUACCCCAAGCUCGACUUCGUGUAAAGCCUUCACUGCCAGUGGGAACAUCUUUGGCAUAGGAAGGGACUCCGAUUCUGGGUUGAGUACCUCUGCCCUCCUUCCUGCCACUCUGACCACUGCCCCGCCACACACACACCUGCGCCCCCCCCCCCACACCUCCCCCAUUCUUUGCAAGGGCUGCAGAGGGCAAUGGGACAGCCUGGUUAUGAUAUGGCCUGUCCAUCAGUGGAGAGGAUGGAGAGGAAGUGAAAGCUUCUCGCUCGUUUGAAAGGGAGGCACUAACCACCUCUGCAUUGAAAUCAGUGAAAAUGUGCGCCCUUAUUUUUCAUUUAUUGUAUAAGCCAGUAGCAUUUUAUAUAUAAAAUGUGUGUGUGUGUGUGUGUGUGUGUGUGUGUUUGCCUCUGUGUAUAUAAAAAAUAAUCAUGCAGAUUAACAUGCUAAUGGAAAGAGAUAAGUCAUUUACCAUCUCUGGGCCUUUUUCCCUUCCCUCUAAAAUCAGCACUUUGAAUUACUUUGAGUUAAUCUACGAGGUCCCUUCCAAACGUAAAUUCCAAGCAUUUUGUCAGUCUGACAAAUCAUAUUGACUUCUCUAGUGUUUUGGUUUUUUGUUUUGUUUUGUUUUCUGGGGUUUUUUUGUAGGUCAUUUUUUCGUAUACAUAGACACAAGUAUCAUCGAAGAUUUAAAAAACAGGAUUUUGUUUCUUAACUCUUUGACAGCUACUCUCCUCAUUUAAUACUGUUGGGGUUUUUAAAUACCAUUUGAAGGGACCAAUGUCUGGGCCUUAUUUUGAGGUUAUCGACCUCCAGACAUAAAGGAAAAUAUACAUGCAAAAAGUUUCUUAAAAUGGCAUGUUUUUCCCCAGAAUUAGGAGCUAAAUGCUAUGGUAAUUACAGACACCAAAUGAUUCUAGAUCUUUAAAGGGUUUUCUUGGAUGAACACAGAGUGAAAGAAAAAGGAUCAACCACUGUUUCAAAUGAAACACUUGAGUUUCAUUAAAGCUUUAAUGUGUGUGAAUAAUUUGUCUAAUGACUUGUUACUGGAUCCUAUCUCAGACCUUGCUUGAAGUUCUGUUUUUGAAAUUCUCCCUGGAAUAAUAACAGUUGGGAGUCAGGAUACACAAAAACCAGUGGGUACAAGAGAGUUUAAACCAACCAGAAAUCUGAGUGCUAAGAACUCCUUGGGGAAACCUAUAGAGUUUUUGGUGAAGAUAUUUUAGUGUGGGGGUGAAUUCUCUCUUUUUUUAAGUUUUCGUUCUUAUAUUAAGAAGUUUAUGCUCUGCAGAUUAAUUUUAUAGUAUGAUGGCUUUGUUUUGUUUUCCUAUUUUAUGAAAAAAAAGUUGAUAGUCUUUUUUAAUAUUGUUGUUCGUGAAAUAUGAACAUAAAUAUAUGAAGAAAAAACCUUGAAGUGCUGCAAAUAUUGUGGAGUGUAAAUUAGUCUUAACAUUUUAUCAUUGAUUUGUGAAGAAUUUGAGACUAUUGUAUAAUUAUCUUGGUGGCUGUGAUAUUUUAUGCAUGACCUUUUAACCUUUGACUUUUUGCUCAUUUCCCACUGCCAAGAGGAAGGCAGAUUUUAUGAAGGAUUUUAGUAGCAAAUCUAUUUUAUAAGAUGAAAAUCCAGGGUGGAGGUAGGAAAGCCUGUAUCUGUUUUGACUCAAGUUUAGAAAUAAAAUGGCUCCAUCUGGGAA